AUGUGCACAGGUGCCAUUUUGACUAAAGUUAAAGAGAGCUCAUAUGGCUUCACCACCAUCUUUAGUGAGGGUGACCACAGGGACCGGCCAAACCAAGGAGAUCUGUCUUACAGACACCUGCAGGUACCCGAGAAAGAGUCCUGCUACUGUAUCAAGGAAUCUGACAUGGUGGAUCAGUCCCUAGACAGGUCCACCCUUUCUGCCAAACUUGUGCAAGGCCAACCCACAGGGGCCCUCCUGAUUUGCCAGCCCCUGCGUGAGUUAGGAGGAGACCUUUUUGCCCAGAGUCGCCGUGGUUUCCUGCUUCAACAGUGCUUGAACAGAACCCGGUUGUCCACCCCUCUGACCGAGCCAGAACUCUUGCAACCUCUUCACUCCAGCAUCGGCACCACGCCUUGCCCUGCCGCUGCCAUGACCACUGCGUCUCCCUCCCAAGUGCGCCAGAACUACCACCAGGACUCGGAGGCCGCCAUCAACCACCAGAUCAACCUGGAACUGUACGCCUCCUACGUCUAUCUGUCUAUGUCUUGCUACUUCGACCGGGAUGAUGUGGCUCUCAGCAACUUUGCCAGAUACUUUCUCCACCAAUCUCAUGAGGAGAGGGAGCAUGCUGAGCAACUGAUGAAGCUACAGAACCAACGAGGUGGCCGAAUCUCCCUGCAGGAUAUCAAGAAACAAGAGCGUGAUGACUGGGAGAACGGGCUGAAUGCAAUGGAGUGUGCACUGCACUUGGAGAAGAGUGUGAGUCAGUCACUCCUGGAACUGCACAAACUGGCUGCUGACAAGAAUGACCCCUACCUGUGUGACUUCAUUGAGACCCAUUACCUGAAUGAGCAGGCGAAAUCCAUCAAAGAACUGGGUGGCCACGUGACGACCCUCCGCAAGAUGGGAGCCCCUGAAGCUGGCCUGGCAGAAUAUGUCUUUGACAAGCUCACCCUGGCACGCAGUGGUGAGAGCUAA